AUGAAACUUCCACCACCGCGCAUUGUGAACCUUCCACCACCACGCAUUGUGAACCUUCCACCACCACGCAUUGUGAACCUUCCACCACCACGCAUUGUGAACCUUCCACCACCUUGCAUUGUGAACCUCAACCUUCCACCACCUUGCAUUGUGAACCUUCCACCACCGCGCAUUGUGAACCUUCCACCACCGCGCAUUGUGAACCUUCCACCACCGUGCAUUGUGAACCUUCCACCACCUUGCAUUGUGAACCUUCCACCACCGUGCAUUGUGAACCUUCCACCACCUCGCAUUGUGAACCUUCCACCACCACGCAUUGUGAACCUUCCACCACCACGCAUUGUGAACCUUCCACCACCUUGCAUUGUGAACCUUCCACCACCGUGCAUUGUGAACCUUCCACCACCGCGCAUUGUGAACCUUCCACCACCGCGCACUGUGAACCUUCCACCACCUUGCAUUGUGAACCUUCCACCACCACGCAUUGUGAACCUUCCACCACCGCGCACUGUGAACCUUCCACCACCUCGCAUUGUGAACCUUCCACCACCGCGCACUGUGAACCUUCCACCACCGCGCAUUGUGAACCUUCCACCACCGCGCAUUGUGAACCUUCCACCACCGUGCAUUGUGAACCUUCCACCACCUUGCAUUGUGAACCUUCCACCACCGUGCAUUGUGAACCUUCCACCACCUCGCAUUGUGAACCUUCCACCACCACGCAUUGUGAACCUUCCACCACCACGCAUUGUGAACCUUCCACCACCUUGCAUUGUGAACCUUCCACCACCGUGCAUUGUGAACCUUCCACCACCGCGCAUUGUGAACCUUCCACCACCGCGCACUGUGAACCUUCCACCACCUUGCAUUGUGAACCUUCCACCACCACGCAUUGUGAACCUUCCACCACCGCGCACUGUGAACCUUCCACCACCUUGCAUUGUGAAUCUUCCACCACUUCGCAUUGUGAACCUUCCACCACCUCGCAUUGUGAACCUUCCACCACCGCGCAUUGUGAACCUUCCACCACCGCGCACUGUGAACCUUCCACCACCUUGCAUUGUGAACCUUCCACCACCUCGCAUUGUGAACCUUUCACCACCUCGCAUUGUGAACCUUCCACCACCUCGCAUUGUGAACCUUCCACCACCACGCAUUGUGAACCUUCCACCACCACGCAUUGUGAACCUUCCACCACCUCGCAUUGUGAACCUUCCACCACCACGCAUUGUGAACCUUCCACCACCACGCAUUGUGAACCUUCCACCACCACGCAUUGUGAACCUUCCACCACCUUGCAUUGUGAACCUUCCACCACCUUGCAUUGUGAACCUUCCACCACCGCGCAUUGUGAACCUUCCACCACCGCGCAUUGUGAACCUUCCACCUCGCACUGUGAACCUUCCACCACCUUGCAUUGUGAACCUUCCACCACCUCGCAUUGUAGAUAUUUAUUAA